GACCGCCGCAAGGACUGUCCGUGUUUUUCAGUGCUUUUGCUUCAGAAGGGUCAGGGCAGUGUUUAUCGUGUGCGUAGAGAACGAGAAAGGAAAGCUAAAUUUAAUUAAUCUGGUAAUCAUGGCACGUGUUUCCAUCUAAAUUUUAUUUGGGUGAUCGGUUAUCAUUUUUAAUUGCCAUUAAUAACUUUGACCAAACUUUUCGUGCAGCAGUGAAGUCAGUGGGCGAUAAGACUAGUUUUAUCUUUUAAUUUCGUGAAUUCUGAGCUCCGUGCGGGGAUACCACUGCACUCGGCGUGUUUCUGACUUUAUUUUGGAGCCUUCGGAGCUUACACCAGAGGUCUCCUCGAACCGUGUACUCGAUCUGUGGGAGAUGACGGAAAACGGCGUGGUGUGUCAACGGGGGAAGGUGCUUACCACGGACACCAUGAACCCCAACGUGAAGAAGGUGGAAUACGCGGUGAGGGGUCCUAUCGUGCAGCGCGCCGUGCAGAUAGAGAAUGAGCUCAAAGAGGGAGUGAAGAAGCCCUUCUCUGAGGUCAUCAGAGCCAACAUUGGUGAUGCCCAUGCCAUGGGCCAACGACCAAUCACCUUCUUUCGUCAGGUCGUGGCCCUCUGCUCCUACUCAAAGCUCUUGGAGGACGACAAGUUUCCGGAAGAUGCCAAGAACAGAGCACGCCGUAUCCUACAGGCCUGCAAUGGGGGUAGUAUUGGGGCCUACAGUGCCAGUCAGGGCAUAGAGUGCGUGCGUCAGGAUGUCGCCCGCUACAUCGAGAGAAGAGAUGGAGGCAUCACCUGCAACCCAGACAACAUCUACCUGUGCACGGGUGCCAGCGACGGGAUUGUGGCGAUACUGAAACUUCUGGUGAGCGGCGAGGGUCGGACCCGAACAGGGGUCAUGAUCCCCAUCCCCCAGUAUCCCCUCUAUUCCGCCGCUCUGGCGGACCUCGGUGCCGUCCAGGUGAGUUACUACCUGGACGAGGACCGCUGCUGGGCCCUGGAUGUUAGCGAGCUACGACGCUCCCUGCUGGCUGCCCGGCAGCACUGCAGCCCCCGUGCACUCUGCGUCAUCAAUCCUGGAAAUCCCACUGGUCAGGUCCAAAGCCGCCAAUGCAUUGAGGAUGUCAUCCGCUUCGCUGCAGAAGAGCAUCUCUUCCUGAUGGCUGAUGAGGUGUACCAGGAUAAUGUGUACGCAGAGGACUGCCAGUUCCACUCCUUCAAGAAGGUGCUCUAUGAGAUGGGGCCGGAGUACUCGGACAUCGUGGAGCUGGUCUCCUUUCAUUCCACCUCCAAAUGCUACAUGGGAGAGUGUGGUUUCCGGGGAGGCUACAUGGAGGUUAUCAACAUGGACCCGGAAGUCAAGGCACAGCUGACAAAGAUGGUUUCAGUGCGGCUAUGCCCACCCGUGCCGGGCCAGGCCCUCCUCGACCUGGUGGUGAACCCUCCCCAGCGGGACGAGCCCUCCUACAGCACUUUCAUCGAGGAGCGAGCAACCAACCUCCGUGAUCUGGCGACGAAGGCCAAGUUGGCACAGGAGGCAUUCAACAGGAUACCAGGCAUCACCUGCAACCCGGUCCAGGGGGCCAUGUACUGCUUCCCCCGCAUUAGCCUGCCGGAGCGGGCAGUGACAGAGGCCAGGGAAAUGGGCCAGGCCCCAGACAUGUUCUACUGCAUGAAGCUGCUGGAGGAGACUGGUAUCUGCCUGGUCCCAGGGAGUGGUUUUGGACAGAUGGAUGGUACCUACCACUUCAGGAUGACCAUCCUACCUCCCACAGACAAGCUGAAGAUUGUGCUUGACAAGGUGAAGGAGUUCCACCAGAGCUUCACGCAGCACUACUCCUAGUGCCCCCCUCCCAGCUCCCCCACCCUUGGAUCCUUGGCAACAAGAAACCUCUUGUUGAGCCAAGUUGCAGUCAUCACCAGGUGCCUUUUCGUAGCUCUCAUAGUGGCUGUGGCUCAGGUUAUUACAUUCUGCGUACAUCACCAACCAUGCCUCCUGAAGUGGAAGAGCAGCUGGUUUUAGUGGUAUGCUACCUGUGGGUCUCUGUAGGCAAUGCAAUUACGAAGCAGUCAAUGGACAAUGGAUUUAACAGGGGAUGAGCUGCUUGCUAAGGGCUAUUCUACAGUUUUGUGCCUCAGGUGGACAAUCUGCAGUCACGCACAGAAAUUCUUUUGAAACGGAAAGCUGUACAGGCACUUACAGAGAAUGUUUUGCGUAAUAGUUUUCAUAUUGACAGUAUAUUUUAUAUUUUAAAAGGUAGACUGGGUUUCUUUUAAUGAAUGCGUUAGAAAAUAUUAGUAUGUAUUAAUCUCUAUUGUUUCCUGUCCGGAAGGAUGGAGGUGUUUGUGAACUUCAGAAUGUAGCAGUUUUUUUUAAUGUAAAUAGAAAUAAAACAGAUUUUUGUUUCUCCCCUUUUA